GGCAGAGUCAGUUAGCCACGGGGAGUCCUGAACGCCACACCCUCAGGCUCAGGAGGCGAGGAGACGAUUAUAGCGGCGAAGGACGGAGACACGGACGGAUACACGGUGGUGACAACACAACGAAGCAAACUCAAUUCUUCCCUUUUUUUUUUCCUUCGUCUGCUUGACUGUAGCGGUCUUGAUUCUCCACGGAAGUUACUCUCUCUCUCUUUCUCACUAUCAUACAAUAGAAAAAAAAACUAGAAUACAAAGGAUAGCAAUUAGAGGACAUGCACAAUCAAGCAGUAACCAAAUAAUUCCUAAGGCAACCUGGAAGAUGACGCUAUCUCAUCUCAGUGCCGCACAACACUUGCACCGCCUGCUGACUAGAAAGCGUGCCGCCUCUGCACCACCUUGUACCGCCUCCUAGGAACUGAGGAAGCCAGAGUCAAGAAACAAGCGCUGCGAACAGGCCAAGUGUGCAACUGUGAGAGUAUGUCAGGCUAAACAUACUGGAGAGAUUGUUAAGAUAGGUAGAGCCAAAGUGUGAGAGUUACCUGUGCGUCGCUAACGCUGAUUUACACAUAAACUGUUUAUUUGGCGCCGUAUGAUCAUGGCGUCAAGUCUUUGGCAGAAAAGAUUGUGACGAUGCUAAUGUAAGGAUCCCCGAACUCCUUCCAUCUGGAGACUCCAACUCGUCCCAAAUGAAUCUGAACCCCCAGGAAGUCUCGGCAAGCCCCAAGACCGCGACGCUCCCCCUAAAGAGACGAACACCGACUCAUCGUAAGUAAGAUCACGCCGCCUGCACAGCAUUCCGCACAGCAAGCCUCGGCACGCCCUGAACUGCACGGCGUGAGGGUAAAGGUGAUAGGCAGUUCUUGCGCUUUGCCACGGAGUUCAUCCUCGUCUCGCUAGCAAUUGAGCGUGUAUGUGUGCGAAGUAGCAAGGCUUAGUACUAUUGGCACGCCGGCUCCCACACCUCUCCGCGUUAGAGGCGCAGUGCCAUCUGUAAACACUCGUCCCGCUUUGUAAACUAACAUUCCUCGAUCGGCUCCUAACACACAGGCCGCAGUUCACCGUUCUUUCCGUCAGGCGGCAGGUCGCGCCACCCUCCCGGGCCGCGGCAUUACACUGGAGGAGCUCAGUUCUUGACACCUCAACUCUGUACCGCAGGAGGCGCCCCCGCCCCGGGGUGACGUCGCCAUCGGAGGUGUGGGUGCCGGCCAUGAGCGGGCGGGCCACCCACGGCUCCUUCUACACCGUGGGUUUGGUCUCCACCCCGGCCCCUCAGCACCUCUCCUCCACCACCACCGCCACCACCGCCUCCGCCAGCACCUUCACCGGCACGUACACCACCACGCCCAUGCAGCAUCUCGCCAGCAUGUCUUCGGGCCACACUCUCCCGCCACUCUCCUUCGUCUCAGACGCGGCCACGCUCGCUCCUCCUCGCCUCACUGCCUCCAACACCCCUCCGCCUUCCUCCUCGCCCCCAUCCUUCGCCUCUCCUCCAACCAUCUCCGGCUCCCCUCCUCCCUCCUCCUCCGUGUCUUCCUCCUUCGUGCCUUCGCCGUCUUCCUCUUCACUCGAGCCGCCUGUUAGUCUCGCCGUCAGCAGCACCCCGCCCUCCUUCCCUCGGUACGGCCGAGGCGGUAGCACUUUCAGCAGCCGCCUGACCGCCACCACGCGGCCCGGGGUGAUGACGACACUCACCCGUCCCUCCGUGGUCACUACACGCUCGCCGGGCCUCGCCACCCUCACCACGCACGGGCCCACAGUCACCACCUACACCACCUACAAUCCGGCGCUGAAUAAGUUUACCACGCACACUCCAGUCACCACCACCUCCCUCCCCUCCGCCUCUUCCUCCUCCUCCUCUCCGCACCCCAGCAGCGCCUUCCUCAGGUACACGCCUACUUCCUCACGCUUCGUUUCCCUCACCACCACCACCACCACUGUCACGCCGCCCCCACGCCAAGCGCCCACCGUCUACACACUUUCGCCUAAUCUCGCGGACAACGCUGGCCCUUCCUCCGCCGAGCCGGGAUCCAACUUCCCGCCGCCGCCGAAGGUGACGCUGGCCAGUACCUCCACCCUGCACCGCCCUGGCCCCGCCUGGCCCCUCAGGGUGACGCUGGGCGCCUCGGAGGGCUACGACAACCUCCAUCUUGAUGUGGGGGAGGAAGAGGCUGCGCCAAAGCCACAGGUCAGGACGCACAUGACGAAGGAAGAGUUCCUGGCGGCGCCCCAGCCCGGCCUGGAGCUCCUGGAGACCGGCGAUAAAGCGGAGGCCACUAUCUGGGGAGGGCGCCGCGGAUGGCCAAGUGGACAAGAGAGGUUGGAGGAGCGGCGUCGUGGGGGUGUUUGGAGUAUGUCUCUCUUUCCUACCUCCACCUCCACCUCCACCACCACCACCUUCACCACCACCCGCAUUGUCAACACUACCACCGCCACCACCACCAUCAACGCAGCCCCACUCUCCCAGCGCCACCUGCCAGCCACCACCGCCACCACCUCCACUUUCACGGGAGGAUAUUGUAACCAAGCGGUGGAAGCAGAGGGAGAGGAUGGCAGCAGCAACACUAACGCCGGAGUGUGGACGGUGGAAGGUGGCCAAGCACUCCGCCGCAACAGGUCGCCUCCUUUCCCGGACCCGUGCACGCCGCCGCCAGAGAGAGACUCCCUCACGCCGCCGCCUCACCCUGACGCCUCGGACACCCCACGCUUCACCCUCAGGGAUGUGCCGCUCAAAGGUGAGGAGGGAAGGGUAUGGGUAAGAGGGAGGGUGUGGAGCAAAAGUGUGGAGUUUAGAGAGCGCUGAAGGAGGUGGAGGGAAUGACAUUUUUUUGAGUGGUCAUUUGUGGUGGUGGUGGUUGUUGUUAUCGUUUUUUAUUCUUUUUUUUCACUUUUCCUC